AUGGAGCUCCCCUUCGUUACCCUCGACGUCUUCACCACCACCCGCUAUCGCGGCAACCCCCUCGCCGUCGUGACAAUCCCCGCCGGUGUUCCCCCGCCCUCCCAAGACCAGAAACAGGCCAUCGCCCGCGAAUUCAACCUUUCCGAGACCGUCUUUGUCCACGAUGUCCCCGAUCCCGAAUCGAACAAGCAGCGCGUUAUCAACAUCUUCGUAACCAACGCCGAGCUCCCGUUUGCGGGGCAUCCCACUAUCGGCACCGCCGUCUUCCUCCGCCCCCAGGGUGUUGAUACCCUCAUUACAAAGGCCGGCCCAAUCCCCCUUGUCGAGACGGCACCUGGUCAUAUCCAGGCAGCCAUUCCGCACAAUGUCCGUCAGCACCGUAGAUCCAUCGCCGACUUGUCCGACCCCGCUCCGGGCCAGCUGAAUCCUGACCCGGCCAUCCGCCGCCUUGAGCUCGAUGCUCCACUCUUCAGUAUCGUUAAAGGCAUGACGUUCGCUCUUGUCAAUCUCUCCGAUCUCGACCAACUGGCGACCGUGACUCCGAGCGUCACCCCGUUUCGCACCGAUCAACUCCUUGAUGACGACUGGCAGCAUGGCUUUCUGUCAAUGUAUUAUUUCGUCCACAUGGGACAGAGAGAUGAGAAUGGCAAGACUGUCUUCUCUAUCCGGUCGCGUAUGAUGGAGAGCUUCGAGGAUCCCGCCACGGGCAGUGCCGCAUGUGCCCUCUCCAGCUACCUCACCCUCAGGCAAACCGGCCUCCAGAACCAAACCUUCCGCUUCGAGAUCGACCAAGGCGUGGAGAUGGGUAGGGAGAGCAACAUCGUAGUGGAGGUCACCCUCCGGGACUCCAAGAUUGACGCAGUCAAGUUAUCAGGGACUGCCACGCAAGUCAUGCGAGGAUAUGUCUCCAUUUGA